AUGAAUAGAUUUGUGCAUAAAUUUGUGGUUCCAAGGAAAUCCGGAGUUCAUCGCUUUGCGUGCUUGGCACUCUAUCGAGCCCUUCUACGACAAUGUUCCCCGGCCAAGAAUACUACGCCAUUGAUCAGUGAGACAAAAUUUGUUGUCAAGCAGCAGUUUCGACGGUAUAAGUCGCUACAAAGUCCAUCUCAGGUGGUUAAUGCCCUGAAAGCCGGCUAUGAGGUCUUUGACAUACUCGACUCCGUUGCUAAUGGAAGUGAGAAAGAUGCCCAACAGCUCAGCUCAAUCUUGACCCAGGCAAAAGCUAUUAAAGAGAAAUAUGCCGUCAGACAAAAGAAAGUAAACGAACAAAUUCCUCAGAAACCGCUCACUCCAAGGCAAGCCCGAAAGGCUGAGACUAUUCGCUUUGAAAAGGCGACAAUGCGACGAAAUCCCAAUACCCGGUCCAUCUUGGAGCGCCCAUAUGCAAAAAUAAGUGGGAUACGAAGAGUGCCCGUUUUAGUCAAUGCUCGCGGAUUGCCCUUUUUGCGCAUCAAGAAGCCUCAGCCAAGAAACCUCAGUAGUACAAUACGGAAUAAGCUUGCGAAACGCUGGCAUAGGAUCGAGACUCGGGAACGGUUGGAUUCAGAACUCCUCUUUGCCAGAGAUGAAGAUGCGUGGGAUCGCCUUACUGGAACUGCGGAAGAAUUCACAUGGGCCGAAGAGGUCAAAACAGCUCUGGGAGUUAUAAGUGACAAGAUCAAGGUUUCCGAUCGACAGAAUCGGGAGCUGGCUCAGAAACUGUGGCAGGUUGUGCUAGCUGAACGAAAAUUGGCUGAAAAGGAAAAAGCCGAGAGACAAGCGUUGAAACGUGCCAGGAAACAAGAGGCGAAACAAAAUGCGGUUGAUCAAUCUACAUCCUGA